CGCAGACUCGCCAGGUAUUAUGAUUUGACUCACCAAACUGACACUUUCACCGAGCCUCACAACAUCUCACUUUCCUCACCAUGCCCUCAUCAUAAUGUCCUCUUCCAUCACACAAGCUUUAUGGAACGCCCGGAUUCCGCUGCACAUAACCCAUCCCGCCUCACCGACUACGCCUUUCAUCACUAGUAUUCCGCGUUUCAGCUACCUGGCUCUUCUCAUCCCGAGACUGUCGACUUUCUUCAACUCGCCCUGCUCCAGCUUCUACUUUGAAGAUGUACAGUUGAGGAACCUGGCUGUGGGAUUGCUGGUAGACCUGUAUCAACCCCGCCUGCCGUGGAGGUUGACCGUGAAUGAUGGAGUAGGUUGGGAUAUUGCGGAUACUUUUCUCAACUGCGUAAAAGAGGCUGACUUCAUCCGCAAUGGCAAUGCAAACCAAAUCAUGAAAAUGUCAAAAGACAACACCACCCAGCUUUGGAACGCUGUCAUAGACAAUGACCAAGCAUCCUUCAACCGUAUCAAUAGCCAUCUGCUCAACGCACCAACAGCACUCAAACAUGUUCCCAUUCGCAUCUACAUCCCUACCACCGCCUCGGACUCGUCGUCACCAGCGUCUUCCGAGCAGGCCACCUUCAAAGUCAUCCAAUCUCUUGUUCCAGCGACAAGUUCAGACCGCCGACCUAAAAUACUGGGCCAGGCUCUCAAAGAGAUGUUGCCAGGGCUAUUCCCAAGCAGCCGUGAUCCUAUUCACGCGAAGGUGGUAAUGCACGGAGCUGGGGUACCAUUUGAUGCACCCUUAGAGGAGCUGAUGCGGGAAGCCUCAUACCCCGACGGAUGGAUAUGCCUGGUUGUCAUUGUGCUGUGAUGGAUACUGGGCUCCUUUAGCGAAUAGGACAUAUGGAUGGCGUUAGGGACUGCCCUUAUCACUGGCUCUGCAGCGUAAAUCACUGGCUUCCAGAACCUUCAUUGCGACAUAUCAGACUACGUCUUUGAUCCAAUUUUAUGAACACUUGCAAAUUUACUGACACAUACAGGCCAGGCUCGGACAUGAUAACUACACUACGUAAAGGUGAUCUUCUUGCCCAUAAGACUUCUAUAUGCAUCGUCGACAGCCUUUCUCUUCUUCUGUUUAGCCUCCUCUUCUUCAUGCAUCUCUUCUUCCUCGGCGACAUCCUCAGGCCCAGGUAUUUGGGGUGCCCAAGCUCGAAUUUGCCCAUCCAUGUGGGAGCUAUAUACGGCUCCAACGGAGUUGCCGCCGCCCAUAAUAGGACCAACUGGGCGUCCCGUCCCCCCCGAUGCGCGCCAAACUAUACUCGUGAUUCUGUUUCUUCCCAUCUCGCCCCCUCGUGGCCCUAUAGGGUUCGUUACGCCAGGGCUCCGGAGCCGUGUCACAAUAUGGCCAUCAUGAAGAUCGAGGAUAAGAAUUUCCUGAUCAUUUGGCCAGAAGAGAAGAUUAUUACCACUUGUGAGAUGCGCCGGAGAAACCAAAAUACUUGCUGUCUUCGCGUGUUGGUUCUGAAUAAGAGAGCCAAAACUGGCGAGAGUAUUGGCCCCCGUGGCAGCGUCCCAAACACGAAUGCGACGGUCGAGACCAGCUGAGAUGAUGUAUUGUCCAUCGUCAGUCCAUUGUAAGCCAUUCACUGCAUCGUCGUGCGCCUGUGCCGAGGUACGAAAGUGUGGGAUCUGACUGGAAUCCAUCCUUGCGGCACUGAGAUGCUUCAUUUUGUGAACGAUGCCCAGUGAAUCUUCCUGGUCGAGCAGCGCCACAACACCACCAGAACGACGAAUAUCCCAUAUCCUGACUUUCCCAUCUGCGUGGCCACUGACAAGAAUAUGCUCGUGGCGCGGACUCCAUGCAGUUGACAAAACAGGACCGCCAUGUGCUACAAGAGCUUGUACAGCGGACCCUGAUUUCAAAUCUACCAGCCGAACUGCUGGGUUCUGCGUGGCACACGCCACAAUAAGAUGAUCUGCUACAGGGCUGGUGGAGUGGGAGUAAAUAGUUGCGUUCAGGUCGAAGGUGGCCGAUAGAGUGCAACGCUGAGUCGCCCAUAACUUCAGCUUCUUGUCGUAAGAACUUGAAAGAAAAGCAUCCGGAUCGAAAGGAUAAAAGGCAACAUGAGUGACACCGUGACUAUGCCCGGGAGAAGACUCUUCUCUCGUAGACCUGGCGAUGCUGCCCAUGGGGCGAAAAGUGUGCAACUUGUUGGGGUUUCCAGCGUCUUCCAAAUUCCAGACCUUGAUGCCUCCUUCUGCUCCCCCAGAGAGGAGGAUACGUCCAUUGAACUUCUCAAGGGCGAGUGUAUUAACGCCUGCGCCAUGCGCUCUUAUACUGUGCACACGCUCGCCUACAUCUGUAGGGCCAUGCUUGGCCGUUCUCUCACCAUUGAAGCGGUGCUGAGGAGCCGGCGCAAAAGAACGUAGGAGUUCAGAAGUGAUGGACCGAGUAAAGUCUUCAUGGCGGAGAUCGCCCGUUUCACGAGCGAGAAGGUUGGACUGCAUUCAUCUGUGCCAGGACGAUGACAAUUUAAAGACAAUAUUAAAGUUGAAGUAUAAACCAAAAGAAUGCAAAGCAGUGAACGACGGCAGUAAUCUCACAAUCUCGCAGCCUAUGGAAUGUGGCUUCAGCCUGGAGCUGGUGGUGAUGUCAGC